AUGACGCAACAGAUGACUCAGAAACAAGAUGACAAUAGAACACUACUUAGAGAAGUGGAGAGGAUGAAGGUGGAAUUUCAGAGAUCCCAGGAAACAAUGCCCACAGUUGUACAACCAAGGAUCCUGAACUUCGAUAAUCCAGGAUCCUCAGGAAAUCAACAGUGGAAUGCAGCUCCUGCUAUUGCUGCAUCACCCUGGGGGACGACUAUGAACAAUCGAGCAUCUAUGAUCAAUGAUCUCGAUGAGACUUUCAAUACUCUUACAAACCUUGAUUCUUAUAAAUUCUUAAACAACAAUACUAUAAAUACUAACUCUAUGAAUGUUAAUGCAGGAAUAAGUCCACACGUGGCUAAGGAACUUCAGCAGUUGAGACAGAUGAUCUUAAGCAUACCCGGGGUAGUUCAACCCAUACCAGAAGCAUCUCCAACAGGUCAUAGGAUCUCAAGAUUUGCUUCUGUGAUAGCCGAUACUGAAUUUCCUAAGCGCUUCCAGACUCCUAGUAUUAAGCCUUACAAUGGAACUACGGAUCCUGAAAAGCACGUAGCACAAUACCGAAAAAGGAUGGAGAUCAUUCCCAUCCCAGUGCACUCGAAGGAAGCUUGCCUAUGCAAAGGCUUUGGUUCAACCCCCAUGGGAUUAGCUCUUAAAUGGCGGCUAAACAUUCAUCCCUAUUCUAUUACUUCAUUUUCACAUUUAAUCAAUAUUUUCAAUAACCAGUUUUCUUGUAGCAGAACCUUCGAGAAGAUCACUAGUGAUCUCUAUCGGGUGGUUCACAAUCCUAAGGAACGGCUUAGGGAUUUUGUUACCAGGUUUGGCACGGAAGCUCUAAGCAUCCCCAACAUUGACAUGGAAACUGUUGUGGAGGCCUUCAAGAUGGGUCUAAGGAAGGAUUCAGCCUUCUAUGAAGAUCUCGUGAUGACUCCAUGCAAGAGAUUAGACGAAGAUCUCGGAGACAAAGAAAGAUGGCUAAAGAAGGAUAACAAGCCCACUAGUUGGAAAGACAAGUCCAAAUGGUGUGCUUACUACAAAGAUUUCGGUCACAUGACGGAGGAUUGCAUAGCCCUAAGAAAGGAGAUCAACUACCUCCUUAGCAAAGGGCAUCUUAAAGAGAUCCUUGAAAGAAAGAAAGAAAAGUCCAAGGAGAGUAACUAG